AGAGAGAGAGAGAGAGAGAGAGAGAGAGAGAAAGAAGGGAGAAUAAGAAGGUGGGCCUUGUUCGAGGUGAAAGGGGCUUAAGCGUGUAGUGACGUCGAUUGAUACAAAAAAAAGUCGCGGAGCAACAAUUGCUAGAGAAGGGAAAGACAAAAGGAGGUUAGAGUGAAAGAGAAAGAAAAAAGAGAGAUAGAGAGCGCGACAGGGAGAGAGAGAGAGAGAGAGAGAGAAAUGUAAUAAUCCAUAAAAUAAUGCAAGGUGUAAAAUCGGCGAGUCUUUUUUAUAAUAUAUCUCCUUCAAUGUAAGCAAAAACAAGACAGAGAAAGAGAGAGGGAGGGGAGUAAGAGGAAGGGAUAGAGUGGGAGUAAAAGAGGCCCAAGAAAAGAGCGCGAACAUUUAAAAUGGAGGGGAUAUAGUGUCGAUCGAAAGGCAAAGAGUAGGGAGAAGAGUGGACUUAACGGUAAAGCCAGUGUAAUCUUAUAGGCUAACCAUCAGAGUCCCGUGAAAGAAGAAAACUCACCGUCACUGACCACAAUCGACCCUUUUUUCCGAGACGAUCAAGUCGCGAACGAAGUGCAACGACGACUAUGGCCGCGAAAACGGCAGCCACAUUUUGCGAACUAGAAAACAUGUUAUAUACUCGAGCGUAAACAGACGGCUAUCCUACCACUGUUGUGCAGUGGACGUUGGUUAGUUAAUACGACGUUAAAUACAAUCCUUUUGUUUACGACUAUUAUCUAUGGUAAAAUGGUCCGUUGUUUGAUUAAAGAAAAAUGAAAUGAUGUAUGUUCUUUCUCUUUUACAUUUUACAAUCAUCCAAUCUCGUUUCCCCAGGUAUAUUUCUAACAAUAGCAGUAAUCUUCUACUUUCGCAUUUUAACGUGGUAAACAAUGGUAAACAAUUUAUGCUCGCAUUUACGAAAGAAAAUGUUUAAACGUAGAGUUUCGAAUACGAAUCGUUGGGUACGAAAAUUAUCUAGAAUACUAAUUACUAACUACUAGGAAUAAUUUCUUUCAAAAAGAAAAGAUAAUGUCUAUAUCCUAGAAAUAUGGGGAUGUAGAUCGCGCGAGUGAGCUACAUUUUCGAGCUAGAUAUCUGUUUAGCUAAGACAGGCGAUAUCAAAGGAAAACCGGUUCUCUUUAAUUUUAACUUAUGCACUUUAAGCGGGUCGAUCGGUCGUUGGUAGUGAUUUUUCGAUCCGGUCCAGUUGUGUCUAGGAUAUACUGUUAUACCUUGGUCCCUGUAUAUCUAACUCUACUUAUUUCCCGAUUAUGGAAGUAUCGCUUACCGAUCGAGAUCGGACGGGAAUAAGAAGGCAAUGUGGAAUAAAACGAUAGAGUACCGGACAGCUAACUUGUCGUUAUGGAAGAUUUACAAGGGCAAGUUCACCUCGCUACAUGUAAGAGAUCGAGACGAUCCAACGAACGUACGAUUUCUUCUUCGGGGAGAGGGAUCAAAAAAAUAAAAAAAAAAAAAAAAAAAAAAAAAAGAUACAAAAGUCCAUAAGAUUUCUCCUAUUCGUUAUUUUUUCUUCUCAUUUUUUUCUUUUUCUCUUUAAAAUAAGAAACAAGCAAGCAAAUAAAACAAAAGUGAAAUAAAAAGAAAAUGAAAAAAAAAAGAAAGAAAAAAAGAAAAAAUGUAAUGCAACAAGACAUGAUAUUUCAUCGAACCUGCUGCUCUCUUGCGUAACCAGCGAGUUUCGCUGAAGGAGAGCUCGUCUGAUCCGAGGUCGUGUACUAUCACCGUAGAAGUUUAUAAUAUCUAAGUAUUGAUUAAUAAAUCGGCAUAAUCGAUUGUAUCUCUAUUUAUCAUCGAUCGUUCAAUUUUUAUCAACCGGAAGAAAAUAGUAAAAUAAAGAAAACGUUUAUAAGGUUAAAUUAAAUGAAUAGUAUAUCAAAGAUAUCGAGUAUCAAUAUAUUAUAUAUAUAUAUAUGUAUAUAUAUAUAUAUACAUAUAUACAUAUAGAUAUAUAGAAUGAAAUGGUUUGAGAAUAUUGUAAAAUAGUUAGCGAGCGACCGGCAAGGCAUGAGAUUGGAGUUGGCGCGCGCCACACGGGACUUUCAUUAUGUCGUGGCGACGAUAGAGGGCCUCGGGCCCCGGACAUUCGACGAUCGGCCAGUGAAGGGAACGGAUCGUCGUCGCGAGCCGCGUAAUACCGGAGAAAAUAAAACGAGAGAGUUUAAAAAAAUGUCGUCAAAAAUAUCGUAAUCGAUUUGUUUACUUCCUAAAAGGGGCUCGUAUACAAAAGUUCGUUUGAAAAAUUUAUUUUACCAAAAAAAGAAAAAAAAAAAAAAGAAAGAAAAACGAAACAAAACAAAAACAAACCAAAAAAAAAAAGGAAAAACGAGAGAACCCCGAACCUUCGUUCGUAUAAUAAUAACAUUUGGAAAAGACCCGCGCUUUCGCUCGAAUUAGAGCGUACAGGGUGUACGCGAUACGCUCGAGAAAGAAGAAAAGGGAAACGGUGAAGUUGAGUAGACGAGAGGAUCAUGAGUGCGACUCAACAAGUAGUCGUUUUCUAAUCGAUUCAUUGACAGAUGGUGUCCAACUUCAAAGGAAAUAAUCUUUGUUAUUAGUCGGCCUGCCAUGAGAAAAGCUCGUGGAGAACGAGAACGGCGAUUUCGAUGUCUGGUGAAGGAGAUUUUUGAGAGUUUCGUAAUUGUGCGAUGAAAGGAAAGUGAUUUGAGACGAGAGAAACAAGUGAAAAAAAAGAGUAAGAGAGAGAGAGAGAGAGAGAGAGAGAGUGAGAGAAAGAGUGUGUGUGUGUGAGAGAGAGAGAGAGAAAAAAAAGAAACAGAGAAAGAAAAAAAAAGAGAAGAAAAAAGAAAGGAAAAAGUAUCAUAGAGUCGUUUCGAACAUCCUUCGACUUCAAGCCUAUCCUGCUACGUCAUCGAGACAUUUUCAAGUCUCUUGGUACGCCACUGGCUCAGAAACCUCUCGUGAAAGUUUUCCGUGCUACCCGUGAUACUACCGAGUGCUCCCCAAGAGUUCCAAGACCGAUCAUCGUGAGUCCUGAUUUGUUCGUUAACACGUUUGAGGCCGGUGCCAAUCGUCAAUGCGAUCCUGCAAACUCCUCGACGCUAGAGAAGAAUGAUCUUGGCGUUCGAGAUCCUUUUACCCCUCGUGGGAAUAAUAGUCGCGGCUCAAGGAUUGAAGUGCGGUCAUCCUGCUGUGCCGAUGAACGCCAAAGUGUCACUGUCCGACGAAUCCUCAACAGUAGGCACCAUAGCGAAAUACACUUGUGAUGCUGGAUACGAAUUAUUCGGCACUAAUACGCUUACGUGCGGUAGCCGAGGAAAAUGGCAAGGCGAUUUACCGUUUUGUGGUACGAAUGUAGCUUAUCGAAAGCCAGCGAAUCAAUCUACCACAGUAAGAGGAGGAAACGCGGGACACGGAAAUGACGGUGAUCUUAGUACCGAACACGAUGGCAAGAGAUGUACAGAGACCUUGAGCGAACAUAGUCCUUGGUGGAGGGUCGAUCUACUUAAACCCUACUCCGUUAAAGUGGUCAGAGUCACGACGAGAGGUUGUUGCGGUCAUCAACCUCUUCAGGAUAUCGAGAUACGAGUUGGUAAUAGCAGCACGGAGUUACAACGGAAUCCUCUUUGCGCUUGGUUUCCCGGUACUAUCGAGGAGGGUAUUACGAAGACGUUUGUAUGUGCCAGAGCUUUGGUCGGUCAAUACGUCUUCCUACAACUUGUCGGAGUGGAAGGAAGCUUGAGCCUUUGCGAAGUCGAAGUUUUUGCAACUGACGAAUUUUCGAUCGACAGGUGCGCCAGUGCCGGAACACCUGCCGACGCCGAUCUUGCAGCAUUUAAUUCAACCUGUUACGAAUUCGUGGUAAAAAAAGGUGGAUCCUUUCAAGAAGCCAGAACCUAUUGUCGAGCACGUGGUGGUGAUUUGGUUCAUGGUUUUCAGGGCAUUUCGCCGAUAUUCAUUCUAAACAACUUAGAAAGGCGAAAAGACAAGUUGAAGACACAAUUGGUAUGGAUAGGAGCACAGAAGGAACCAUUGAUAACAGCUAGAACUUGGCGAUGGGUUGACGGCGAAGUCGUGCAGAGACCGUCUUGGGGAAAGGAUCAGCCGAAUAAUUACAACGGUGAGCAAAACUGCGUUGUGCUGGACGGCGGUCGUGGUUGGCUUUGGAAUGACGUUGGUUGUAACCUUGACUACCUUCACUGGAUCUGUCAAAGCAGGCCGCCACUUUGCGGUAGUCCAGAAAAAUUGGAAAAUACGACGAUAAUUGGUACGAAAAGAGUAAUAGGAUCGACGAUAGAAUACACUUGUCCCGAGGGUCACAUGCUGAUUGGCUCGAAGACACGUACUUGCGAAUCUAGCGGAUUUUGGAGCGACACACCUCCGACCUGCAAAUUCGUCGACUGUGGCCCCUUACCCGAGCUGGACAACGGAGUGAUCACGUUAUUAGAAAGCAGAACGACGCAUGGUGCAUUGGCCGAUUAUGCUUGCAACGAGAAUUAUACGCUCGUGGGUGACACGAGACGAAGAUGUGGUGACGGGGGUAUUUGGAGCGGACAUAAACCACAGUGUCUGUUCGAUUGGUGUCCAGAACCGCCAGAGGUGAACGGUGGAUUGGUCGCGUUAACCGGAAGAAGAGCUGGCUCAACGGCAAGUUAUUCCUGUCAAAAUGGAUUUAUCUUAUUUGGUGACAACGUUCUAACUUGUGACAUUGGAGGUGAAUGGUCUGGCAAGGCUCCUCAAUGUCGUUUCGUCGAUUGCGGAACACCCGCACAAAUUGAAUUUGGUACUGUCACUCUUCUCAAUGGCACUACCACCGUCGGAAGUUUAGGGGUUUAUGCCUGUCAGGAUGAUUAUUGGUUGGUCGGUGAAGGAAAACAGGAAUGUACUAAGGAAGGAAAGUGGAGUUAUGAUACGCCAUCCUGCGAAUUGAUAACGUGCGAGGAACCGGAAGUACCAAGUGGAAGUUACGUCAUCGGUUACGAUCUAAACGUUCACAGCGUGAUAGAGUACCAUUGCGAGACCGGAUAUCUCCUUCAUGGAGAAGCAACGCAUACUUGUGGAAAGGAUGGCGAAUGGACUGGAGACGUACCUACUUGCGAAUAUAUAGACUGUGCCAAGGUUCUACCCGUAUUGAACGGUGCUGUGGAAUAUGUUAACGGUACGACUCACCUUGGAAGUGAAAUAACUUAUGGUUGCACCAAAAACUAUCGAUUGAACGGCGUUUCUAGAAGAUAUUGCUUGGACAACGGACAAUGGAGCGAUGCCACGCCAAAGUGCGAAGAAAUUCGAUGUCCCGAGCCAAUUUUAGCGGAGCAUGGUAUUCUUUCGGUUACCGGAAACGAUCGAAUGUAUGGAAGAACAUUGAUACGUACUGGGACAGCUGAAAAUUCAAAUACCGGGGCGACUUCUUACAAGAUCGGUGCACUGGCUAAAUACAGAUGUGAAAGAGGUUACAAGGUUGUCGGAGAACCACUGUCAACCUGCGAGGAUAAUGGAAAGUGGAGUGGCGAGGUGCCACAAUGCGUCUACGUCGAUUGUGGAAAACCUGAACAAAUACAACAUGGCCGUUAUACAUUAACAUCGAACGCUACGUAUUAUGGGGCUGCGGCACUUUACGAAUGCGACGGAAACUUCGAAUUGGAUGGUUUCGCUAGAAGAUUAUGUUUGGAAAAUGCCACUUGGAGCGGUAAUACACCCGUUUGCCGAGAAAUCAGAUGUAGAGAUCCAGAAAAGGAUGGUGUCCUAUCGACUCAAGUAUCAACUCAUAGCGUCGGCGGUGUUGCUCAUUAUAGUUGUCCAAAAGGUUUCUAUAUGGAAGGCAACGAAACAAGAUUUUGUUUACAAAAUGGUACCUGGAGCGACACAACUCCCGCUUGCUUUUCUAUCGAUUGUAAACAUCCAGGACCGAUAGAGAACGGAAGAGUGAUAGUAGUAAAUGGUUCCACUACUUACGGAGGUGCAGCUGAGUAUCACUGUCUUCCACAAUUCGAACGAGUGGGACCUUUCCUCAGGAAAUGUUUGGACACGGGUUAUUGGAGCGGAGACGAACCUAAAUGCGAGCUAAUGACGAACGAAGUUGCCGAAGCUCAAGGAGUUGGUACGAGCGUUGGUAUAGGAGCUGCGGUUAUCAUCUUCAUCCUGAUCAUCCUAGGAUUGGUAUACUUAAGACUACGAAAAGCUACACCCGUGAAGAACACAGAAAACGUUCAAGCGGCUGAAAGGAAGGAAGAUCAAAACGCAGCCGUUAUGUCUUACGCGACCUUGAACGAUGGGACGCCUAGUACGAUGUACGAAAAUGUACCGGAGGACGGUCUUUAUGAUAAUCCGUAUAGCAUAAGCGGCAGUAUGUACGGAUAUGGAAAUACCCGACGAGUGUACGGUAGAACAGGUCAUUACGAGGCUGAACCAAUAUCGAAUAGAAACGGCAUUACGAUCAAUGGCGUCUCCGUACGAUAGUUUAUGUGAAACAACAUCCUCCUGUAUAUUUUUUUUUCUUCUUUUUUUUUCUUUUCUUUUCUUUCUCUUUUCAUUUCCGAAGAAAAAUCUCUCCCCUUGAUGAUGCUUUUUCUUCAUUUUAUUGCGUACAUAUACGCAAUGAUAUUUCAAGGUUACGACCUUAGAUGUACAGGAUUUCAGAAUUUGGUACGUGAUAGGGUACCCAAUUCACCUUCGCAUUAUUUAUAUUAUCGCAAUUCGAUAUCAAGUCGAUACGUGUAAAUAAACAGUGAGUUUAGUUUAAGAGACAUUAAUUUCGAUGAUUUUGAAUUCCAUACGAUGAUUGAUAAGAACGAUACGAUUAUGAAUAUAUUUCAUAUCAUUUUUUUUUUUUUUUUUUUUUUUUUUUUUUUUUUUUUUUUUUUUUUUUUUUUUUUAGUGCAUAUAUAUCCUUUUGUUUAUAAAAAAAAAUUUUUUAAAGUAAAAAAAGAAAAUAAUAAUAAUAAUAAUGAUAAUAACGAUGAACGUCGAACGUAUGUCCGAAAUUUGUUUGAACGUUCGAAGAAAUAAGAAAAAAGCCAGAAAAAAAAAAGUGAAAUCGAUCGUUCGUUCGACUACUUUCGAAGCAUCGAUUACGUAAUUACAUUUGUAUGAUUCUGUAUAUAAAAUUGUUCCAAUUAUAUAGAAUUCAUUGUUCUUAUAGAAUUUAAGCAACACGUUGUAGUAUAAAUAUAUCUAUACGUACGUCGAGAUUACGUUUUUUGUUGUUUUUUUUUUUUAUUUUUUUUUUUUUUUUUUUCUUUUCGAUCAAAUGCGAAUAAAGAAUCGACGAGUUUGUUUUGAAUGCGGCCUUUCUUUUUUAUUCCAAACGAAGUAUUAAAAACAAAGAAAAAAAAAAAAAACAGUCAUUAAGAAGAAGAAAAAAAAAGCAUAAUAAAAAUUAUAUAGAGGUUAUAGAGGUUAUAUACGAUGCAAAAAAUAAUUAAAAAUUAAAUAUAAAUGUAGAUUAGAAAUUGAUCAAUGGACGUACGAAGUUGCUAAAAUGAGUUAAGAAUUCUUCUUUCUUGAACACUGAACACCAAACACCGAUCUUCAUUUUUCAAUGUUCACUUUGACGUAUAAAACCGAAAACGUAUUGGCGGGAAGUACUGUUGAAAAAGCGUUUUACGUUUUGAAAUAAAUUUCCGAGGAAAUUUAGUUCAAUCGUCGUGCUGCAGAUGGCGUUAUCUAUCCUAAAGUCAUACACUCAAUUUGUUUGUUAUAUUUCUUCAUUUAAAAAGAGAAAAAAGAAAAAAGAAAAAAAAAACGAAAAAUCCCAUCUAUUAAAACUCGAUAUGGAAACAAGAAUUAACGUGGUAUAUUUUAUCAGAACAGAUCGUAUCCAAAUAUGGUAAUGAACUUUCCAACGAGAGUACCAUGUUCCAAGUAUGGUGAAACGAAGAACUACCAUUCAGGAUCAUGGCGUUAGUAGUCCGGGUGUGGUGAAUAAACUGCAGAGUGACGAGUGAGGUGACUCAUAUUGUUCAACGACGCUCUUUGCCUUUCUUGUAUUCUUUUCUCGUUAAUAUCAGUCAGUCUCAAAAUGUCUGCCCGUAAAACAGCAGGCCGCCGGGCAACUACAAAGAAGCGUGCACAGCGUGCAACGUCUAAUGUAUUUGCAAUGUUCGAUCAAGCACAAA